GUAAGGGUAUAACUGACAAUCGGGUUUUCUGAUUUUCAACACCACAUCUUCGCUCGUGGAAACACACCAGGAUCUCUUUUUCGUUUUGUCUCUAUAUCCAACGAAGAAGAAGAAAGAACCAUUAAUCAUCCAGCAAAGAGAUGGCGAAUAGGGGAACUGCGUCUAAUAACUCAGCACUCAUUGCUAUGAUUGCUGAUGAGGACACUAUAACUGGAUUUUUGCUGGCUGGAGUGGGCAACGUUGAUUUGCGUAGGAAGACAAACUACUUGAUUGUUGACUCGAAAACAACUGUAAAAGCAAUUGAAGAUGCAUUCAAAGAUUUUAUCUCAAGGGAGGAUAUUGCUAUCGUUUUGAUUAGUCAGUAUGUGGCAAACAUGAUAAGGUUUCUAGUAGACAGCUAUAACAAGCCGGUCCCCGCAAUUCUUGAAAUUCCUUCCAAGGACCAUCCAUAUGAUCCACAACAUGAUUCGGUUCUUUCACGAGUCAAGUACCUCUUUUCUUCUGAAUCAGUGGCUGGAGACAGGCGGUAGGGCGAUAUGCUUCUUUUUCUUCAGGUUGUUUAUCUUUAUAUAUGAGCCUCGAGUGUUAUUCCCGUCCUUAUUCGUAUUUUAAUAUGUAGCCUUCCUUUUUAUUUCUAUAGGAACUGUAACUGCAAAUUGACAGAGCGUGUUGUGAAAAUAUUUCAAAUAAAUUGUGGAAGUCUCAACGAGAAGUUUCUUUUAUCGUUUGGAUUGAUUGAAGGGAUUGAAAUACAAGUUGAGUUGGUUUUUCAUCUUAUUACUUUUGUUGGCAAAAAAGAGUAAACUGUGGCUAGUUUGGAAGUAA